AUGGCUAUCAACCAGUAUUUUACCACGAGAGUUGGGACGUCGUUGGAGACUUUGUGUCUCGUUUUGUGCUUGAUUUUUUUCAGAACAGGGAGCUUACCACCUGGGACCAAUGACGCGAUUGUCUUGCUUAUUGCCAAGGUGUUGAAACCAGAGAAGAUCACACAGUUUAGACCAAUAAGCUUGUGCACCGUCCUGUUUAAGACCAUCACGAAGGCGAUGGUGAUGAGGCUUAAGCGAAUCAUGCUGAAACUUAUUGGUCCAGCUCAAGCGAGUUUUAUUCCGGGGAGAUUGAGCAUAGAUAAUAUCGUUUUAGUCCAAGAGGCAGUGCACUCAAUGCGGCGGAAGAAAGGAAGGAAGGGUUGGAUGCUCCUUAAACUAAAUUUGGAGAAGGCGUCUGAUCGCAUCUGUUGGUACUUCUUGGAGGAUACUCUUCAGGCAGCACGACUCCCAGCAAGUUGGAUAACAUGGAUCAUGCAGUGGGUAACAGGUCCAGACAUGACUGUCCUAUGGAAUGAUGAGAGAACUAAAGCCUUUACUCCCAAGAGAGGGUUAAGACAAGGAGAUCCCCUCUCCCCAUACUUGUUUGUCUUAUGA